UUAUCUCAUUCAAGCAUGGUUCUCCCAAAGAUAUAUAAGCAAAGGUGGCGUGGUGGUCCCUGCAGAGCUGGCUUGAGCACUUCAGAAUUUCAGCCAUACAGAAGUACAGCCUUCAAAGCAAAUAUGAUGAUGACAACGACAGUUGAAGAGCUGGUAACUGGGAAGAAAGCUGAUGAUAAAGAGACUGGCAGCUUCCUCCCCGAGGACUUCAGAAAUGGAGAAUAUGAAGCUGCUGUAAGAUUAGAGAAGCAGGAGGACCUAAAGACAGUCCCUGAACACUCACUGGCCCGAGAUGAUCUGGCUCAUGAGAAGGAGAAAAAAGCAGAAGCAGAGCUGAAGAAGAAGAAGUUAGAGGAGAGAUCAAAACUUGAGAACUUGGAGGAUCUUGAAAAAAUUAUUCAGCUGAAGAAAAGGAAAAGAUGCAAGAAAGUGAAAGCUCCUGUAUUGAAAGAACCCGAACCAGAAGUUAUUACAGGACCAGUGGAAAUACCCACCUUCUUCAGAGCAGCACUGGAGAAUAAGUUGCCAGUCAUCGAAAAAUACCUGUCAGACAAAGGGGAUCCAAAUGUCUGUGAUGAGUACAAACGCACUGCGCUGCACAGGGCGUGCUCUGAAGGACAUCUAGAGGUGGUGAAAAAAUUGGUGGAAGCUGGAGCCCAGCUUGAACAGAAAGAUAUGCUUCAAUCUACAGCCCUGCACUGGGCAUGCAGGGGGGGAAGCCUGGAUGUUCUGAAAUUCUUACUGGACAAAGGGAUAAACAGAAAUGCAAGAGAUAAGCUGCUCAGCACCCCUUUGCAUGUGGCUGUGAGAACGGGUCAGUAUGACUGUGCGGAGCACCUCAUCGCCUGUGAAGCGGAUCUCAAUGCCAGAGACAGAGAAGGAGACACCCCGAUGCACGAUGCUGUGAGACUGAACCGCUACAAAAUGAUCAGGCUUCUGAUACUGUAUGGAGCAGAUCUAACCAUAAAGAACUGCCAAGGGAAAACCCCUAUGGAUCUUGUUCUUCAGUGGCAGAAUGGCACCAAAGAGAUAUUCAACAGACUGAAAGACAACUCCUAUAAGAGUGUCCAACUAGCCAAGUUCUGAAGAGAAACAGGACCACUCUCUUUUUGUCGCUUUUAUGUGCUUCAAAUGAAACUGGAGGAAAAUAGCCCUGAACAUAGUAUUUAUUUAUUGAAAAUAUUUAUAGUAUUUGUGGUAGUUUCAUGGAAAACUGCAAAUCAAACACAAAUUAUUUUAAAAGGCAGGUUGAGUGUUAAAAUUCCACUGGUUCUAAAAAGGCUUUAUUUAUUACUAUUUAUUAUUUAUUUAUUUAAAAAGUAAUUUUUAAUGAUUCUCAGUAUUAUU